AUGUCUCUUAAAGGCACCCAGACAGAAAAGAAUCUUGCUUGCGCUUUCGCCGGUGAGUCCAUGGCCCGCAACCGCUACACAUUCUUCGCCGAAGUUGCCAAGAAGCAAGGCUACGAACAGAUCGCUCAGCUCUUCAUCGAAACAGCUGAGAAUGAGAAGGUCCACGCCAACUACUUCUGGAGCCAGAUCAAGGGCCUUGGCUCUGUCAAGAUCGAGACAGAGGUCCCAGCCUGUGGCGUAAACGACACACUUACAAACCUCCGCAAUGCUGCUGCCGGUGAAUACGCCGAGCACACAACAGACUACCCACACUUCGCUGAUGUUGCUGAGAAGGAAGGCUUCGCUAAGAUCGCUAAGGCUUUCCGUGGAAUCGCUGCUGUCGAGAAGGAACACGAAAUCCGCUUCAACACACUCGCCAAGCAAGUUGAAUCAUCAACAGUCUUCAAGCGCGAGGCCGUUGUCGCCUGGAAGUGCCGCAACUGUGGCUACGUCGUAAGAGCUAAAGUCGCUCCAAAGGCAUGCCCAGUUUGCUUCAAGCCACAGGGCUGGUUCGAAAUCAAGGAAGUCCUCGAGUAA